AUGAUAGCGACACCUCCCUCUGUGGAGCCUUCUUCCAUGCUCUCCAGCUCACCAUCUUCAUUGUCGUCGGAUCAGUCCGAGAAUACAAAUGAUGAAAUGGAAACAAGGCGCUACGAUCGACAAAUGAGAGCCAUCGGAAAGGAAGCCAUGAGCCAAAUUGGAUCAGCACGAAUUCUGCUUGUUGGAUGUGGUGGACUUGGUGUUGAAAUGGUCAAGAAUUUAAUGUUGAUGGGAUUCAAAUCAAUUACAUUGUUUGAUGACAAAUCUACAACGUAUUUGGAUUUGAACAGUCAGUUUUAUUUGAGCGAACAGGACGUAGGAAAGAAUCGACUUGAGGCAUCUUUUGACAAGCUCUAUGAAUUGAAUCCAUACUGCAAAUUGGAAAAACUGAGUCCUGAAACUGUCAUUGAUGAAACAGUCAUUACCAAAUUUAAUAUCGUGAUCUGCACGGAUGAUCUUAUUGUCUCCGACAAGGUAGUUCGAAUUAAUCAGAUUUGUCACGACAACAAUAUCAAAUUUAUAGCUGGAUAUACUUGUGGAUUGUUCGCUUCCUGUUUUACUGAUUUCGGAAAAGAGUUUACAGUCAAAGAUCCUGAUGGUGAACCUCCAUCUCACGGCAUUGUUUCUGGAAUUGAGAUUGUGGAAAGAGAUGGUGUUAAAGUUGCCAUUGUGAACACCAAGGACGAGACUCAACCAGAGCCUCAUAAUCUCUCAAAUGAUGAUAUUGUAAAAUUCCACUCUCUUGAAGGAAUUUCUCAUCUCAAUCACAAAGAAAUACGAAUUAAGGUUGUUGAUGUUUAUCGAUUUGAGUUACUUGAUGUAGACGUGUCAUCCUUUGGAAACUAUACUCAAGGAGGUUACUACAGACAAAUCAAACAACAGAAAGUGAUGCACUUUAAGAGUUUACAACAGUCUUUAGCGGAUAUUCAUGCUGGUUUGCAUGACGACAUUUGCUCAACAUUCCUUCUGUACAACUUUGCAGCCAUGGAUUAUCCUUUGAAGUUGCAUUACUUUUUACUUGCACUCAAUGCAUUCAUUUCUCAAAAGGGAAGACAACCAAGAAAUUAUGAUUAUGACGAUGCAAGAGAAUUAAUUUCUAUGGCCAAGAAUAUUUUGCAAAGCUCCACCGAACGACAAGGUUGUGAACAUUUGAUCGACGAAGGACUAUUCUCUCUUCUGUGUUACACCACCACUGGUCCACUCAACCCCAUGUGUACCAUGUUGGGUGGUUUGCUUGCCCAAGAAGCUCAAAAAGCAUGUACUGGAAAGUUUUCACCUCUAUUCCAAUGGUGCAACUUUGAGUCCAUUCGCUCAAUUCCUGAUUCCAUUCGUAUUCCUAUUUUGCAAAAUCCAAGUUUGAAUAUUUCAGAGCUUCUCCAUCGUUUAGAUCUGGAUGUCCGAGCUAAGAACAACAGAUAUGACGCACAAAAUAUGCUCUUUGGAGCUGAAUAUCAGCAAAAUCUUACCAAUCAACAAACUUUCCUUGUUGGUGCAGGAGCCUUGGGAUGUGAAUACAUUAAGAAUUUUGCAUGCAUCGGGUUAGGAGCUGGCCCAAGAGGAAAGCUCACCGUCACAGAUAUGGACAGCAUUGAGGUAUCGAAUUUGAGUAGACAAUUUCUUUUCAGAGAAGGACAUGUCGGUAAAAUGAAGAGUGAAUGUGCAGCUAAAGCUGCCCAAAAGAUGAACCCUUCCCUCAAUUUACAUGCAAUGUGUGAUCGGGUGGGAAAAGAAACGGAAAAUGUUUUCGAUAGUGGUUUUUGGAGUGAUUUGAAUUUGGUUGUUAAUGCUCUGGAUAACUUGGAAGCUCGAUUGUAUGUUGACUCAAAAUGUGUCUACUACAGAAAGCCUUUGUUAGAGAGUGGAACUCUUGGAACGAAGGCAAAUAGCGAAAUUAUCAUACCUUAUGUGACCAACAACUAUGGAAAGCACAAGGAUCCACCUCAAAAGCAAUAUCCAGAAUGUACUAUUCACAGAUAUCCAAAUAUGAUUCAACAUACCAUUUCGUGGGCAAAGGCUUUCUUCCAGUCCUCUUUCACAAAAUCUAUUGAAGAAGCAAAACUCUUCUUGAAGAGUCCACAAAAUUUCUUUGCCGAAAAAGGAAAUAAUAUUGUAACAUUGGAAUCUGUUUCGUUGUAUUUGUGUCAACGACCAAGAAGCUUUGAGGAUUGCUUGAGUUGGAGCAGAAUCAAAUUUGAGGAAUUAUUCAACCAUGCCAUGAAGAAUAUUUUAUUGACCUAUCCUGAAGACUUUGUGACAAAAUCUGGUUCAAAAUUCUGGAGCGGCUCAAAGAAGUGCCCACAUCCUUUGGAAUUUUCAGUCGGUGAUGAUACUCACAUGAAAUUUGUAUAUUAUGGAGCUCUUCUUUAUUCAUCACUAUUUAAUAUUCCAGCUCCUGGAGAUGCACGUACUAACCAUCUACAAUUUUUCAACACGAACAAACAGUAUAUCAAGGAUAUUUUGACUCGGACCGUUUUGCCGAAAUAUAUUCCAAACCCCAUCAGCAGAGAUGAUGAUGACGCCAAGGAUUCUCAUAAUACAGCUCAAAAACCACCUGAAUUAACAGAAGAAGAGCUUAAAAAACAACAACAAGAUAUCGAAUUUUACAUUAAAAGAAUGCGAAGCGAUUUGACAUAUAUUUCGGAGAAAGUUGACAGCGAUCGCUCGUUGGCAGAGACAGACUUUUUCCUAAAUGAUGUCGAUUUUGAAAAAGAUGAUGAUUUACAUAUGGAAUUCGUAACCAGUGCCAGUAAUUUGAGAGCAAGAUGUUAUAACAUUCCAGAAGCUGAUGUCUAUGAAACUAAAGGUAUUGCAGGAAGUAUUAUUCCUGCAAUGAUCACUACUACAGCUCUCAUUACUGGUUUGGUAGGAUUGGAGCUGUACAAGAUUCUGGACAUUAAUGUUCCAAACCUGAAAGGAACUCUUUCUACUGAACAAGAAAAGGAAAAGUUCCUUGAAAGGUUUAGUAAUUCAUACGUAAAUAUUGGCAUACCAUUCAUUACUCAAUCAGAUCCAAUGCCAUGCAGAAAAGACGUCGCCAACAAUAAGUAUGACAUUUGGGAGACCAUUGAUGUUUCUAAACAAAAAGAUAACGUAGAAACUUUGAAUGAUUUGAUUUCACAUCUACAAGCAGUGACAACUUUCAGUGUGACAAGUAUUACUUACGAAGGAGCUAUUCUCUACACUUGCUUCAUGUCAGAGGAAACCAAACAAAAGAGAAUGUCAUUGCCACUUGAUAAGCUUUUGAAUAGCAUAUUUAAGUCUGAAAAAGCGAAAACUGUUUUCAAUUUGGGAGUACUUGCUAUGGAUCUAAAAUCCACUGAUUCAGAUAUUAUUGCUCUUCCCACAGUUGUUUAUUCGUCAGAAAAGGCUCGUAUAUCUGAUGAGGAAAAACGAAAACUCUUGUUGGAAAAGAAGAAACAAUUACUCAAACAAAAGCAACAACAACAACAACCCUCCUCUGAGUAA